AUGAUUGGAACUUCGAGGGCGGAAUAUGUCUUUAUACGAUUCUGCAUAAUAGGCUUGCACUACCUGGCACCGCUUUGCCUGCUCUACUGCGCGCUGGUGAUUGCGCUGUAUGGCUUGAAAACCGCCGUAACAUCGCCAGUCCCGCGCCUCAUUGAGGGCAUAGCCAUUGCAGAAUCGCUAUUCUUCCUCUUGGUCUAUCUUCCAUACAGAUAUCGCCUUCAACGCGAAGCAACACACCCUCCUGCGCCGACACGCGACGAGCGUCGGGAACUCUUUGCCCAUUGCAAUGAUAAUAUCGCCGACCCCGAAGCAUACCUCAAGAAGUGGUUUUUGGGAGCGGACCUGAAGGAUAUCAAACGGGAGAAUGUGAAAGAAUUUCUUCUGUGGGCAUUUCUUAACCGUGGCGGAUCGCCAGGCGAUGACGACGAGGAAUUGGAAGAGUAUGUCAAUGCCCUGGAAGUACUCCUUGGGAAACCAAUAGAGGAAGGUAGAGGCACCGCUGAUUGCCUGCGAUUGACGCUCGAUCGCGUCGAUAUGCUGCACAGGAGCUUAGUAUGGUAUUGUUGUGUUGGAUUUGUUGACUUCCUGACUUAUGUGAAACUGCUCUACCACGGCUUUCAUUUUCAUCGUACGAAUCUGUCGCGCUUCUUCGCCCUCUUUCCUCUGCGGCCACAAGCUUUCUUCACGAAAUAUCGAUCUCCAGCAAAGCACACUACAUAUUGGCAUCGCCCGCAUACUUCGAAAACAAAGCUCCCAGUAGUAUUCAUACAUGGCAUCGGAAUUGGACUGUAUCCUUACACAAACUUUUUAAGUGAGCUGAACUCGACUGCUGGCUUGGAAUCAACAGACUCAGAUGAGCAGGUGGGUAUCAUUGCGAUAGAAAUCAUGCCAGUGUCUUUCAGGAUCACCCACUCUGCAUUGGGUCGUGCCGAGAUGUGUGCAGAGAUUAAACAGAUUCUCCAUGAACACCUCCUCCCAGGACAAAAAUGCGUCUUGGUAACUCACUCAUACGGCUCGGUCAUCACCACUCACCUUCUCAAAGAAGCUUCGACCUCUUCAUUGAUCGGACCGGUCGUUUUGAUAGACCCCGUCUCGAUUCUGCUUCAUCUACCGGAUGUAGCGUACAACUUUACACGCAGGCAACCGAAGAGAGCAAACGAGCACCAGCUUUACUACUUCGCGAGCAUGGAUAUGGGAGUUAGUCAUACUCUCAGUCGCCAUUUUUUCUGGAACGAAAAUGUACUGUGGAAGAAGGACAUGCAGGGGAGGCGAAUCACUGUCAGCCUUGGCGGGAAAGAUCUGAUUGUCAAUACCGAGGCAGUUGGGAGGUACUUGAGUGAGGAGAAGAGAGUCGGGAAUGGCUACACGGGUGAGAACGGGAACGGGAAUGGAAAUGUAAACGGCAAUGGAAAAGCCACAGGCAUUCUGGUAGAUUUCGAAGGUCGAGACGAUGCGGCCCUGUCAGACACGACGGAAAACGAAACGGAUCAUGACAGUGAAUUCGAAGAAGAGAUAGUUGAAGAGGAGUGGAAAAGUCGUUCGUGGAAAGGCACUGGUAUCGAUGUUCUGUGGUUCAAGGACUUAGAUCAUGCACAAGUAUUCGACAAGGCAGCCACGAGACGUAGAGUCAUUGACGUUAUCACGACUUACAGCAAUAACGAAUGA